GCACAGGCGUACAGUGGCCAGACCUCCUGAGUCCCGUCAACGUGGACGACGACUUCUCCUUUGGACAGGCGCUGGGCAUGCUGCUGCUGGACUCCGUGCUCUACGGCCUGGUGGCCUGGUACGUGGAGGCCGUGUUCCCGGGGCAGUUGGGCGUGCCCCAGCCCUGGUACUUCUGCUUCAUGCCUUCCUACUGGCGCGGGAGCCCGAGGACAGCCAUGGGGAAAGAGGAAGUUGAUGAGGACCCUGAGAAAGCGCUCAGGACCGAGUACUUUGAGGCCGAGCCUGAGGACCUGGUGGCUGGCAUCAAGAUCAAGCACGUGUCCAAGAUGUUCGGAGUGGGGAGUGUUAGAAAGGCAGCCGUCAGAGACCUGAGCCUGAACCUGUAUGAGGGGCAGAUCACCGUCCUGCUGGGCCACAAUGGCGCAGGGAAGACCACCACCCUCUCCAUGCUCACAGGCCUCUUUCCUCCGACCAGUGGACGGGCGUAUAUCAAUGGGUAUGAGAUUUCCCAAGACAUGGUUCAGAUCCGAAAGAGCCUGGGCCUGUGUCCACAGCACGACAUCUUGUUUGAUGACCUGACAGUCGCAGAACACCUGUAUUUCUACGCCCAGCUGAAAGGCUUGUCACACCAGAAGUGCCCUGAGGAGGUGGCACGGAUGCUGCACACCCUGGGCCUGGAGGACCAGCGGGACUCACACUGCAAGUUCCUGAGCGGGGGCCUGAGGCGCAAGCUCUCCAUCGGCAUCGCCCUCAUUGCGGGCUCCAAGGUGCUGAUGCUGGACGAGCCCACAUCCGGCAUGGACGCUGUCUCCAGGAGGGCCAUCUGGGACCUUCUCCAGCAGCAGAAGCGUGACCGCACCAUCCUGCUGACCACGCACUUCAUGGACGAGGCUGACCUGCUGGGGGACCGCAUUGCCAUCAUGGCCAAGGGGGAGCUGCAGUGUUGCGGGUCGUCGCUGUUCCUCAAGCAGAAGUAUGGUGAGCAGCACAGGUGGGGGCAGGGUGGCGGGUCAAACCCCAUUCCUUAUGGGGUCAGUGCUGCUGGGCCAGUGGGCUGGAGAAAUGCCUGCUGGUACCUUUCACGGAGGCCCCUGAG